ACAUUUUUUUAUUUCUUUCUGGGUAUAAACUUUAGCGUGGAUUGAGUUUUAUGUCUCAAGAUCCGGUUUUUUUUAUCAGAUUGUAUUGUUUUACGUUUAUAAUUGAAUAAAAAUUUGAACAUAUUACAGUAGAUCGCUUUUUUUCAUAUUAAUAUUACAUUGUCAAGUACAUCAAACCCAUCAAAAUGGUUGCCCAAAAGAAACAGAAAAAGGCAAUGGAAAGUAUUAAUUCUCGGUUAGCUUUAGUGAUGAAAUCUGGUAAAUAUGUAUUAGGCUAUAAACAAACAUUGAAAUCUCUUCGCCAAGGAAAAGCUAAGCUGGUUAUCAUUGCUAAUAAUACCCCCCCAUUGAGAAAAUCAGAAAUUGAGUAUUAUGCCAUGUUGGCAAAAACUGGCGUACAUCAUUACACAGGAAACAAUAUUGAGCUCGGCACUGCGUGUGGAAAAUAUUUCAGGGUAUGCACACUUUCUAUCACAGAUCCUGGUAACUCUGAUAUUAUCAAAUCUAUGCCCACGAACGAGCAGGCAUAAACAUUGUUAUAAAUAUUUUAUUCAAUUAUAAAUAAAAAAAUUUUAUAAUUA